GGGUUCUAGAGAAACUACACUACUGUAUGAAAGUCGUGCGGUUACCUGCUUUGUUGUGGUUAUGUGAAACCUAAACAAUUAAUGUGUAAAUGUGCCUCAUUGCCCGGUUCGUGUUUUCAUUUCGGAAUGAGAAGCACAGGCUUCAGUAAAAGACAACAGUUCUCAGUGAAACGACAUUGUUCUACUUCAAGCUAUUCACGUAUACGUAACACCCAAAAGUUACAAGUAAACAGAAACCCUGAUGAUGAUUCAAUAGGAUUAAUCAACAGGAAGCUUCCGGGUGAACUGGUAUUAAGGGUUUUUUCAUUUCUCGAUGUAGUUUCUCUCUGCCGAUGUGCUCAGGUAUCAAAGUUAUGGAAUGUUUUAGCAUUGGAUGGUAGUAACUGGCAAAGAGUUGACCUAUUUGAAUUUCAACGAGAUAUCAGUGAGACUGUAAUCCAGAACUUGUCGCGGCGAUGUGGAGGAUUCCUAAAAAGAUUAGGGCUUAAGGGGUGUCAGAGUGUUGGUGAUGGAGCAUUACGAACAUUUUCCUGCGAGUGUAGAAAUAUCGAGGAAUUAAUUCUCGAAGGAUGCAAAAAGAUAUCAGAUAGUCAAGGAUGCGAGAAAAUAGAACAUAUUAAUGUCUCAUGGUGUGGCCAACUUACGCAAAAUGGUGUUAGAAUUUUAUCAGAGGAAUGUUCACAUAUACAAAGUUUUAUUGCAAAAGGAUGUACUUUAAUCCAAGACGAAGGCGUUCAGCACUUAGCCAGAAAUUGUAGAAAUCUACAUACACUUAAUUUACACAGUUGCGAGUUACUAACAGAUGUGGCGAUAAAAGCUGUUGGUGAAAAUUGUUCAGAUCUUCAGUUUUUGUGUGUGUCAGGAUGCCUUCAUCUUACGGACGCUUCUUUACAGGCGCUCGGCGAAGGAUGUCCACAUCUUAGGACUAUAGAAGUAGCGCAGUGUUUGCAAUUGACUGAUGCUGGCUUUAGUAAAUUAGCGAAGGGCUGUCAUAAUUUAGAAAAAAUGGAUUUAGAGGAAUGCGUAUUGAUUACAGAUGCAACCCUCACUAAUCUUUCCACCUGGUGUUCAAAUCUUCGUCAACUGAGUUUGUCUCAUUGUGAACAAAUCAGUGACGACGGUAUUCACAGAUUAAGUGCGGGACACAAUGCUGAAGAAUACCUCGAGGUUUUGGAAUUAGACAAUUGUCCAUCGAUAACAGACACUGCGCUAUAUCAUUUGAAGGACUGUAGAUCAUUGAAAAGGAUAGAGCUUUAUGAUUGUCAGUUAAUUACUCGUGGUGGAAUCCGUAGGCUUAAGAAUCAUCUUCCAAAUUUAAGAGUCCAUGCUUAUUUUGCUCCCGUCACGCCGCCGCCGAGUGUCGGAGGAGGUCGGCGGCGUGUUUGCCGAUGCUGUACAAUAGUAUGACGUAUAUUUCAUGUAUCAUAGAUUUUACAAAAAUUUUAGCCUGUAACUUUAGGUUACUAAACUAGUCAUAUACUUUUAAUCCGCAUUGAUUUUAAUGGCGACAGACAGACUUUUGAAUUCAUGACUAUGUUUUAAUCGCGUCUGGUGGUCUCUUUAGCUCUCUGCUCGUACGAUAAGCAUGCUCAACAAUGACUUUACCAUUUAGGAUAUAUUAUUUUACCUUAUGCUAACGUAUUACAUUCUUUUAGCAUUAUUGUUGGAAAUGAAUAGAAUUUUAUUAAUAAGAGCCUUUGUUGUGGUUCAAAUACUUGUACGUCGCCUGUGGUUGUUCUGGCCCGCAAUUUCGGUUACCUGUUUAUGCUAACGACGAUUUUCAUUUGGCGUUUAACCACUGACACUCACUCAGGUCCUAUUUCUAACCAUGCAUGCGCAACGCAACCAUAAUAUUUCCGUAAGGGUAAUAUUUUCUCUUUCAAACUGUCUUAACUUCUCAUAUUUUUUUUCAAAACUUAUGGAGUAAAUAACGGAGAACGGAGAACAAUUAAUAAAUUAAAAAACUGUAAUAUCUUUGCCCCAAGACGGUACAGCUACAUUAAGUGCUAUAAUGUGCCGUUUAAAAUAUCCAAGUUACUUUCUCAAAAAUUGUUGGUCAAAAAUGUGUACCUGUAUUGACGAAGUUUUUGAACCACAGCAAAAAAUAUCACCAGUUGUUCGAACUUAGUUAAGACAACAGAAAGCACAAUGCUAUAAGCAUGCUAAAAUGGGUUACGGAAGUGCAUGUGUGAUUAAAAUUUUAAACUUGUAUGGAGUAUCUUUCACAAAUCAUUCGCGUAUAGUUACCGUUAAAUGUCGUGAAAUGUGUUGUCCAUGCAUGGAAUAUAGUCUACACCGAUACUAAUUUGUUCAUUACACGCCUAAAAACGAUCAGGUUGAUGCAAUACUGAUUUAUCAAUAAACAGGAUGAAUUUUACAGAUUAUUUGGCUUUGUAUCUAGCGGAAAGGGAAAAGGGAUGAGUUUUAAUUCGAUGUUUUAGUUUUUAUGUAAGAGACACGAAAUCCUCUUCUAUUAUUUUGGAACCAGAUUGUGCGAAAUUAUACAAAUUGCAUUAAUAGUAUUCUCUUUGUGGUUGUUUCCAUUCUUUCUUCUUUUCAUGUGGUUUUAUCUGGUACGUAGGGUAUUCUGUACAACUUAACGGGCCUCGAACAACUGGAAAUGCAUAGUCAUAUAGAUGUAAAUAUUUGUAGAAAGUAUGUAUGUAUAUGGUGUAUAUGGUAUAUAUGGAAUAUGGUUGCGUUUUUUUCUGUUAUAUUAAUUUUCCUGAAUUUUGGCUAUAAUUUAAGACUAUGCUUAUGAGUUAUGGUUUUAUUAUGAUAAAAUAUUUGCCACGGUAUUUUCACAAUUCGGUUAAUUUUUUUCAAGCGGAGGGUAGAGGG